GUAUAUGGUUGUUUUAAGUUUGAGUGUCAUCGUCAGUCAAUGGAAACAAUGACGAACCAAAAACUACGCCAAUAAUUCGAUUCAAGGAUGGUCCACACUAAUAGGUUUAAUGGGAAAAACAGUUGUGUAAAGUUUAAAAUGCAAUAAACGUAGGACAGAUUAGGAAAAUUUAAUGCAAAUGUGGAAAUCUAAAUUCGAGGAAUAACCAACAUGCUGUACAUUGCUUACAAAAAACUUCAUAUAUGAAAAAUUAUUUUACUUUCAACAUGAAUAUUGCUUGCAAAAACAUGAACGCACCACUAGUGGUUUUAAUACUUAGUUUUGACUGGGGAAUGUGUGAUAUCACAUCGAAUAACAUAAGCCCUAUACAAUUUAUAGACCUUAAACAUGUUACAAGUCCAAAUCAUAUAGUACAAAAAAGAAAAGUUCAACUGGAUCUACGCAAACAUGGCCCUACAACUGUUAAGGGACAGACGUGGUCAACCAUAAAAUUACAUUGUGCUGUCCCAAACAUAGGCGAGCACCAAAAUGUUACAUUUAAAUGGUCAAAACAGCAAUCUCCCACUGAAUAUUUUACUUUAUCAAAAUUAAACACAACAUACAUAGAGGACGAAGCAUCGCCGUUGUGGAUCGGUGACGAUAAAAGGUAUCUUCCAACAUUAGACCAAGAAAAUAAAGAUUGGACACUCUCUAUACGAUUUACACAACUCUCAGAUGCUGGGAUUUACGAAUGUGAAAUAUGUAUUUUUGAAAAAUGUUCUACGUCUCUUGUCCACCUCAAACUUCAAGAGGCACGUGCAAAAAUAAUUGGAGGUCCUGUAAAAGUGAUACCGAGUGACAAAGAGCUUCCCCUUCGCCUCAGCUGCGAGCUGAUAAAUUCGAUGGAAAAGCCGGCUUAUAUAUUUUGGUAUCAUGGGGACAGAAUGAUAAACUAUGACCUUGAGGACGGGGCCACCGUCAGAGAAGGACCUCAGGGAAGCGAACUGAUCUUUCAGAAAGCGAACAAAACGCACGCGGGGAAUUAUUCGUGCGUGCCGUCAAACGCGAGGCUGGAUAGUGUCACGGUGUAUUACGGAGAGGUGGGAUGUGAUCCAUUCGGAGAUGGUAGCGGUACUAAAAUGACGCACCAAGAACGAUAUAUGACUAUUACCAUAUUAAUACUCCUAUUCUGUUUUCUUAAACAAUGGUUAUAAGAUUUAAAUAUAGUUCUAAAUUUGUAUAAUUUUAAGUUGUCCACUUAAUAAAAGGUAUCUUAUUAUCAGAUAACAAAUUGUUAAAUUAAAAAUUAUUUUAUGUGAAAUAAAAUUUUAAACUU